AUGCACAAGAAGAGCCAGAGUCACCAGGAGGCCGUUUCGUGCCUCCAGAAGGUCUUCGCCAAGAAUAGCACUGGGUUUGGCAGUGACAGCACUGAGGAGAAUGUGGACGUAGGGAACCUUCAGUACGGGGAGGUCACCUAUGGCGGCAUGGAGCCCCUGUACAGCGCCCUGGACCUCCGCGAGAACGACGUCUUCUACGACCUGGGCUGCGGGGUGGGGAAGCUGGUGCUCUACGUGGCACUCAGGGGCCAAGCCCAGCGCUCCGUGGGCCUAGAGGUGGGUGAGCGCCGCUUCCUGCUUGCGGAGGGUGCAAGGAAUGCGCUGGAGCAGGAAUUGGAGAGCACGAAAACCGAGCAACAACCGUGCAGCACCGAGUACAAGUUCCAGCUUGCCGACAUCAGCAGGUACCGCUAUCUUGAUCCAACGGUGGCAGUGCUCACGAACCUCUGCAUGGACAUGGGGGUCCAGAGCCGCACCCUGAAUUGCCUCCUCCGCUGCCCUUCCUUUAGGCGUUUGGUGUGCAUUACGCCCAUGCCACACUCAAGGCUGAAGCUGGUGCGCUCCGUAAUGGUCUCCUGCACCUGGGCCAAGAUGUCUGCCUGGCAGGUCUACGACGUACUACCCCCCCAGGAGCCAUUGGCCCGCUCCUGGAUCACCGGCCCCGCGAUCAAGCGCAGCAACAGCAACUGCAUGCUGAAGAGGAACGGUGAAGCACUUAUAGCACAAGGAGAGAAGAAAGACGCGGCGUUUGCUGCGAGCCCUGCUGUCUUGCGGAAAGCCAAGCACCUGCCAAGGCGCUGUGCAUCGGUAAAGCGGAGUGUCCUGCGCCCGACCUCGACUCUGCAAGCAGAGCCAGAACCUGCGAAGUGA